AUGUCUGAACCGCCGGGUGCGGCGCGUAUCGUCGAGGUUCGACCCCGUGAUGGGUUGCAGAAUAUCAAGACGACGGGUCUCCAGACGAUGGAGAUCACGUCUGUGGUGUCCCCGAGGGCGAUCCCUCAACUGGCGGAUUGUCGGGCUGUGCUUGCUGACCCCAUGAUCAAGGGGAUGGUACGGGACGACUCGCUUCGCGUGCCGGUGUUGGUUACUAAUCUGAAGGGCUUGGAGGUCGCGGUGGAAAAUGGCGUGCGGGAAGUCGCUGUGUUUGUCAGUGCUACGGAGGCAUUCAGCAGAGCCAACAUCAACGCGACUAUUGAGGAGGGAUUGGCGAGGGCAGGACACGUUGCUAACAGGGCGACUGUUGUUGGUGUGGCCGUCCGAGGGUCGUCCGCACUGUUGGAUAUGGGCUGUUAUGAGGUCAGUUUGGGGGAUACAUUGGGUGUUGGCACGGCUGUGGAUGUGAAGACUCUGCUUGAUUAUCUGCUUGAGCACGGCAUUUCUUCGUCACAAUAUGCAGGUCAUUUUCACGAUACGUACGACCAGGUCCUGGGGAACGUGUGGCAAGCCUACCGAUGUGGGCUGCGCGUAUUUGACAGUAGUGUCGCUGGACUAUGA